AUCGCGUUCAAAAUAACCGUAAUUAUUCCACCCCUCCCCCAAACCCCAACUAUCCCGCUGGCGUGCGCUCUCUACGACCCCCACGAUGUCUCGGCAGUCGGGUCGCACGCCGCUGCCGGGGCUUGGUGGGGGCCACAUCAUCACGCUCCACAUCCAACCGCUACCGCUUCUGCCACCGUCUCCGCUGCUGCGAUCAUCAAUCAACAACCCGCCGCCAAUACUAUCAAUCAAUUGCAUCACCACCCGCAUCAUCAUCACCACCAUCAUCAUCCGCACCUCCAACAUCAUCAUCAUCAACUUCAACAUACCAUACCGACUGUGUCGACGAAUUCAACCUCACUCUUACCGACGGCGGCUGUGCUUCCACAACAACAACAACAACAAACGACACCAACGUCACAUUCCACGCCCACACAUGCGGUUAUAUAUGAAGAACCCCCUCCAGUGCCAAUUGUCUCUGUGCAACAACAACAACAACAACAGCAGCAGCAGCAGCAGCAGCAACAACAGCAACAGCAGCAACAACAACAGUCACAACCACUUCACCUGCCCCCUCAGCAGCAACAGCAACAGCAACAACAACAGCAGCAACAACAACAGCAGCUCACAACUACACCAGCAGGUGGACUUAGCCCCUCCCAAACAUCAGCGGGCGUACAAUCACAAGUACAACAACAUCUCACUUCACCCCACCACCAACAACAACAACAACAACAGCAACAGCAGCGACAGCAAACAAAUAGUGUGCCUCCUUGUGCGCCAACAAGCCUCCAGCAGCAGCAACAACAAAAUACAGCAGUGGCGUCCGGCCAAACUCAGAUCGUUGCGCCGUCAACGGCGAGUGUUUCUCCCUCCAGUGUUAGCUCCCAACCUCCAGAUAUGUCCUUGUUAGCACCUCUGCAUAUUCCUGCGAUUCGGCCUGGCUUUGAAGCUGAUGCAACUGCUGCCGUUAAGCGACAUCCUCAUCCAUGGGCUUAUGAUGGGGAUGGCUUUAGCUCUGCUCAAUACCAUGCUUCGCAGUAUUUUCUCGAUCGAGAGCGUAAGCCAGUUUUUUAUGGGUAUCCUGAAACACAAUAUCAGCCAUAUUGGAAUUACCGAGAACAACCUACGCCCACAGCAGCAGCUUAUAUGAGUGCUAAUGAUGAACGGCAUGCUGCAGCGGCUGCUGCCCGUCAAUCUGUUGAAGGCGCUUCACAGUCAAGUUAUGAAACACCAACUUAUUCUUCACCUAGCGGUCUGCGGGGCUAUCCAAGUGAAGCUUAUUCAAGCUCAGGCGGCACUGCUGGUAUUCCCGUUGGCACAGUUGGGCCUUGUACUCCUACCAAUGCGCUACACGAAUGGACCGGCCAGGUUUCUGUGCGAAAAAAACGCAAACCUUACUCCAAAUUUCAGACUCUCGAAUUGGAAAAAGAGUUUCUUUAUAACGCAUAUGUUUCCAAACAAAAACGCUGGGAGCUGGCUAGAAAUUUAAAUCUUACCGAGCGACAGGUAAAAAUUUGGUUUCAGAAUCGUCGUAUGAAAAAUAAAAAGAAUUCGCAGCGUCAAGCAUCCCAGCAGAGUAACAACAACAGCGCGAACAGUAAUCAUAAUCAUGCGCAGGCGGCACAACAGCACCACAAUACUCAUCAUAUGAAUUUGGGCCUGAGCAUGGGGCAUCACACAACUAAAAUGCACCAGUGACCUUUGGACAACAGCAGUGCCAGCGCUAUGGGCUUCCCCACCUACUAGCAUUUGGCGAAUAUAAAGACAGAAAUGCAAACGGAAUUUCAGUAGCUUUGCAAGUGUAAAACCAGAAACAGCCAACCAGUGACUGCAAUUCAUAGCCACCACCUAAAUCCAUGUUGUUAAAUUUUUAUGUUUGCAAUUUUUCAAAAACAAAAAACAAAAAAGAAAACCGACAGAUUUUUGUAUAUUAUUAAUUUAUUUAUUAGUGUGUUUGUAACAAUCUUUUAUGGGUUAUGUUUUUCUGAAAACAGAAAUGUUUCAAAACUAUUUUACAAACUCUUCAAAUUCUGUUGAUUAUGUAAUCUUAGCGUAUUUAUUUUUAAUUUACCCUAUAUUCUGUUCCACGUGAUAUUUUUAAAAUAUACUACCUUUGCGGCGUACAUAUUGACUGAAUGUAUUUUUGUGUACUCAAAUUAUUUUCCCAGUUCAAUUCAUUCGGGGAGUUGCAAUUUGUUACUAGCUUUUCAAUGUUAAUCGUUUUAAAAUAAAAUUAAAAAGGUUUGUUUGAUAUACACAAUUUAAGAAUUCUACAACUAAGCUGACAUUUCAUAUAAUAUUGGGUUUGGCUACUUUUUUAACAUAUUAGUUAUAAAUCUGGAAAGUGAUUAGAAAAAUUAUAAAGAACUGAAUUCCGAUAUUCUGCGUUAAAGUCUAUAUAUAUGUGGUUUUAAAGACACACUUAUGGCACUGCUGAGGUCGAGGGAAUAUUUCAGAUAGAAUAUUAAGCAUAAAAUAUUACAUAUAAAUAUCUUAAAAAUACAUAUUUAAAUAUAAAUUAUAUUAA